AAGAGAGAGGGGGGGGUAUAGGAUCCAAAAAGAUUAUCAUAUUCUCAUUCCUCAGUUAUCGUUGCUCUGCCACCUAACUGGUAUCUGCAGCAAACAUUCAAAAUGCGUGAAUGUAUCUCCGUACAUAUUGGACAAGCCGGUGUCCAGAUUGGUAAUGCUUGCUGGGAACUCUACUGCCUUGAGCAUGGAAUUCAGCCUGAUGGACAUAUGCCAUCAGACAAGGCCUUCGGAGAUGAUUCCUUUACAACCUUCUUCUCUGAGACUGGAGCAGGAAAACAUGUUCCAAGAGCUGUAUUUAUUGAUCUUGAACCAACUGUAAUUGAUGAAACACGAUGUGGAACAUAUCGUCAGCUGUUCCAUCCAGAACAGCUGAUCAAUGGUAAAGAGGAUGCUGCCAAUAACUACGCUAGAGGUCACUAUACUAUUGGCAAGGAGGUUGUAGAUCUAGUUCUAGACAGGAUUAGAAAACUGGCAGAUAUGUGCACUGGACUUCAGGGUUUCCUUCUCUUCCAUUCCUUUGGAGGAGGAACUGGAUCAGGGUUUACUUCCCUUCUCAUGGAAAGACUCUCUGUGGAUUAUGGGAAGAAAUCUAAACUUGAGUUUGCAGUAUAUCCUGCUCCUCAAGUUGCAACUGCUGUUGUUGAACCCUACAAUGCCAUCCUUACCACCCAUACUACUCUUGAGCACUCAGAUUGUGCUUUCAUGGUUGACAAUGAAGCUAUCUAUGAUAUCUGCCGUAGAAACCUGGAUAUUGAGAGACCAUCCUAUGCCAACCUAAACCGUCUGAUUGGACAGAUCGUAUCUUCAAUCACUGCUUCUCUCAGGUUUGACGGAGCUCUCAAUGUUGAUCUAACUGAGUUCCAAACCAACUUGGUUCCAUAUCCUAGAAUCCAUUUCCCCUUGGUUACCUAUGCUCCUGUCAUCUCCUCUGAGAAAGCCUACCAUGAACAGAUUACUGUCGGAGAAAUCACCAACGCAUGCUUUGAACCUGCAAACCAGAUGGUUAAAUGUGAUCCUAGGCAUGGAAAGUAUAUGGCCUGCUGUCUUCUGUAUAGAGGAGAUGUAGUACCCAAGGAUGUAAAUGCUGCUAUUGCAACCAUCAAAACUAAGAGAAGUAUUCAGUUUGUUGACUGGUGUCCCACAGGGUUCAAAGUUGGUAUCAACUAUCAGCCUCCUACUGUAGUUCCUGGUGGAGAUCUUGCCAAGGUUCAGAGAGCAGUCUGCAUGCUUUCUAACACCACAUCUAUUGCUGAAGCCUGGGCAAGGUUGGAUCACAAGUUUGAUCUGAUGUAUGCUAAAAGAGCUUUUGUUCAUUGGUAUGUAGGAGAAGGUAUGGAGGAGGGUGAGUUCUCUGAGGCUAGAGAAGAUCUUGCUGCUCUUGAGAAGGAUUAUGAAGAGGUUGGACUAGACUCUGUUGAUGCUGAGGGUGGAGAUGGAGAUGAAUACUAAAAUAAUCUGGUCAAACUGGAAAAUACAACAAACUUGAAGUUUUCUUUUCUAAAUUUACAUAAAAUUUAAUUUUCAAUAAAUUUACAAGCGAUUCGGAAAAAAA